UCAGUCUUCCUGUUUGCUUCUAUGYUGUUCUAUUUGCUAAAAUAUGACAGAUAAAAUCAGCCAUUCCUGCUUUGUGUCAAAGAUUGCUAUCAGUCUAUCGGUGGUCAGUUUGUUGUUGUGCUGUGGUGUGUUUAUAAGAACAGAAUUUAUGCUAAACGAGCUGCAUUCAAGAGACAUCAAGCUGCCAGACAAGAUGACUUYAAAACACGACAUGAACGAUGGCGUGAAUCGACUCGAUAAACAUCAUCCUUCAAAACGAACAUUACAUACAGAAAAAACAAAGCCAAAUAAGGAAAUUCUACAAAGAAAAGUACGACAUGCUACAAUUCGAGUUAACAGAACAAUUAAGGUKAUGACUGACGACUUGUUAUCAAAGAAAAUUGACCAAAAGAUCGGUAAAGCAAUAGCCAAUUUACAAUCUGCCAAAUACUGGAUUCCUAUUGCAGGACCUCCCGGUCCACAAGGAAAAUCCGGUCCAAGAGGACCACGUGGACGCAUGGGUAAAACUGGACGUCSAGGGAAACGAGGACCACGUGGUUUUCCUGGAAAGAUCGGACUUCCUGGUCCUAGAGGAGUGCCUGGACCAAAGGGACCACAGGGAGAUCGUGGUCCCUCCUUAGCACGUCCAAUAGUACUCAUUUCUCCAACACAUCUCACCGUCAAUGAAAGCCAGUCCGCCAUCUUACAUUGUUCGUCUAGUGGUUAUCCGCGACCUGAUGUUGUAUGGAGUAAAAACAACGGUACAUUACCACACAAACGAGCAGUAGUUGAUAGCACUGGUAAACUUGAUAUCAAACACGUGACUCUCAAUGACUCAGGAAUCUAUCAGUGUAAGGCUUCUAAUCUUCUUGGAAACACACAAACAACAGCGGAAGUCCAAGUGAACUUCGGUCCUCGACUGACCUUGCACAAAGGACCAAUCUACAGAAAGAUUGGUGAUGACAUUCAUCUACCUACUUGUCACGUGAAUGGAUUCCCUGAACCCAAAGUCACGUGGUUUAAGUCUAUCGGAUCUUUGCCUAACGGUCGUUCUUCUAUCAAAGAUAGACAGCUGACUAUACUAAAAGCGAAGAGAGAUGAUUCAGGGACAUAUGUUUGCAAAGCUGAAAAUCUUCUUGGUUCUGUUGUAGGAUCUAUUGUGGUUAUUGUAGUCGAUCUGCCUGUGUUUGUUGUCAAGCCUCCGACGUCGUAUACAACACAUAGAGGAGCAACCGUAGUGUUGAACUGUACGGCUAAAGGUGACCCUCAUCCUGUCAGCAGUUGGAAAAAAGACAACGGUCUUCUUCCUGAUAACAGGUUUAAAGUGAGAGAUGGCUCUUUGAUUAUUAGGAACGUCAAGAAAACUGAUUCGGGUGUGUAUGAGUGCACUGCUACGAGUGCAGGUGUUUUUGAUUCACAUUUGAGUACGACUUUGACUGUACAUUUCAAAGAUUGCGCUGAGCUUUACAAAUCAGGAGAGAGACGUAACGGUGUGUACACAGUUCAACCCGACAGUCAGCCUGCAUUUCAAGUCUACUGUGACAUGACAACUGACGGUGGGGGUUGGACUGUGUUCCAAAGAAGACAAGAUGGAUCGGUUGAUUUCUAUCGGAAUUGGCAGCAAUACAAAACAGGUUUUGGAAACCUGAAUAGCGAGUUUUGGUUGGGCAACGAUUACAUCCAUCGACUUACAACAAGAACAGUGUCGAGACUGCGCAUUGAGUUAGAGGACUGGGAUGCAACUAGGAAGUAUGCCAAAUAUGGUAGUUUUAGUGUUGGUGAUGAAUCAGACAAGUACAGGCUGAGGGUUGGCUCGUAUUCAGGUACUGCUGGGGACUCGUUAUCAUAUCAUUACAACAUGGCGUUUAGUACAAAAGACAGAAAAAACGACAAGUGGAGUCAGAACUGUGCUUCAUAUUUCAUUGGUGCCUGGUGGUAUAAUAGAUGUGCUAAAUCCAAUCUGAAUGGAAAGUACCUUGGAAACAAGGUUUCGGAGAAAGGAAUGUAUUGGGUACAUAUUCAUAACAAUUUUAACAGUUUAAAGAAAUCUGAAAUGAAAAUGCGUACUAGUGGAUUCUAAUGCAUGAGUAGCACAGUAAGAUAACCCUGAAGUUAGGGGCGAUCCAUUAGACGUUUGAGAGGGGAUGAGAGAUCUAGUUGCGCGCGCUUGCAAUAUCUUCUGUAAAUUUACAAAAGCUUUAGUGGAGAUUUUUCAAAAUUUUACCUUGCAGGAAUUUUUUUUCGGCCUUUCGGGCCGUGCAGGAAAUUUUGUUUUUCAAAAUCUUCCAUCAACCCCUCAAAAGUCUAAUGGAUCGCCCCUUAUUGCUCUUUGUUACUUGUACAGACAUUUAUCAGCGAUUUGUCAACACGUGUGUGUGUGUUACAUGUAGUGUUUGUAAAGAUGACACUAGGUUCAAAUAGUCAAAUAUAAUAGUAAUGAUUUUAUUAAAAAAAAAUACAACAAAAUAUUCUGAAUAUUGAUACCGUACAAAAUGUGAGUGUGAUAGUCAAAUAGACACAAAAGGAAACAAUGCAAUUUGAGCGUACUAAAGGUGUAAUACCUAUUUCACGUAUUUCUUGUUAAUCUAUUAUAUAUUCUCAGUGUGAAUAAAUGUUUGUUGUUGUAUC